GGAAAUUGUACUACUGGCCACAUUGAUAUACUUGUGAUACCCCAAUCUGUUUCUUUCUUUGCAUCCAGAAACACUGCGGUACCCAGUUCAUAUCCUUUUGCUUUUACCGGGUCCGUAAACUCGGAUUUCUAGCCACGUAAACGAAAAUCUACCCAGCGAUAACAGAAUACAUACUCCACGAUAAGAUGUCGAUGAUAUCGCAGACGCUGCAAGGUGCAGCACUCAGCGUAACGUCCAACGUACUUGCGCAAGCCAUAUCAUCCUACAAAGACGACACGCCCUUCGCCCUCAAUUACCAAUCCGUACUCAAAUUUGUCGUCUUUAGCGUUCUCAGCACGCCGCCCAAUAUCAUUUGGCAGGGCUUCCUCGAAGAUCAAUUUCCCACAAAUGUCCCGUCAACGCCGGCUUCCGCCUCAUCCGAGAAAUCCACGUCCAAAUCCGCGCCUACGAAGACAUCUAUGAGUAGAAGAAAUGUCUUGAUUAAGUUUAUCCUUGAUCAGACGAUCGGCGCCGUUGUCAAUACGCUCAUGUUCGUGAGUUAUAUGGCGUAUGUUAAUGCCCAGGGUAAACCGGGCGUAAACGUUUCGGAUGUGGUUACUAGCGAUUGCAUCAACAAGACGUGGCCUAUGAUGAAAGAUGGAUACAAGUUCUGGCCGGCGAUAAGCCUUAUUAGCUUCCUGUGGAUCCCUGUGGAUAAGAGGAUUGUUUUUGGAGCCUCAGUGGGUGUUGUGUGGGGUAUCUAUCUUAGUCUGGCUGCGAACGCAUAGUUCCGGCUAUGAGAGCUUUAUCCAUACCUUCAGAUGGAUAUGCUUUUCGAAGAUGAAGUCACGACCUUACGAAGAGGCUCGGUAUGUGUCAGUGCUCAAUCAACUGUUCGAAUAUUUUCAAAUUUUCCGAUUGAAC